AUGGCCACUCGGCAUCGCCUAUCGCGUUAUUCACCAUAUUCUCCUGCUGUGUCACUCACCAGGAGACGGGGAAGCUUGUCUUCAGUAUCAUCUUCGUCUGAUUUUGAAUCUUCGCCAUUGAGUGCGACAUUCUCUAUUCCGUCUCGUCCGACGCAACCCCGUCCGAGAAAGUAUCGUAACAAAUUGUGUUCGAACUCCUACGGCUCGUCGAGUGAUCUCAACGCCGAUACUCCAAUUUCCACCUAUGUUCGCCGAAAGACUCCCGGGACCUCACCUACAACUCCCACAUUCAGUCGCGACAGUGGAUACGAGUCAUCGUCGCCAACUCCGAUGCCAUUCUCCAUACCUAGCCUUCCUGUGCUUUUGCAGCAUUCAGGGAGCUCAGAAUCUUUCCCAGAUACCCUAUCUUCUGAUCCCGAUGUUAUGGACUUCCGGUCCUCGUCUCCUUCUACUCCUUUGACUGAUAUAACGGAUGGCAACGACUACUACCGCUUUAUCCGCAGACGCAUCGGAACCAGAAUUUCCUCUCAUCCUCGAUCGCAAACAUCCAAGAGCAAUCAUUCACGACGGAAGUAG